CUUCUCCUUCCGGGCCGAGCGCGAUGAUCGGCGAGUUGGGGGCGGAGACAAGAUGGCGGCGAGGUGGCUGUGGCGGCGGCUCUGUCAGGGAUCAGCUUUUUCUGUCAAUUAUGCAAGCAGAAUUUUGCAAAAGCAGUGUUCUCUUCUAAGCUCCAACUUGAUGGGAGCACGGCUGGCUGGAUCCCAUGUUGAUACACAGGAGCCUAAGACUAAUCCUUUGGUAUCUAUUUCAGAUGAGCCAGAAACACUGUACAAGAGAUUGUCCCUUUUAGUUAAAGGCCACGAUGAAGCUGUGUUGAACAGCUAUGAAUAUUUUGCAGUGCUUGCAGCUGAAGAACUUGGCAUCUCUGUUGAAAAAGUAUAUAAACCUCCAAAGACGAUAGAACGAUUGACACUUCUAAAAUCUGUACACAUUUACAAGAAGCACAGAGUUCAAUAUGAAAUGAGAACGCAUUACCUGUGUUUGGAGUUAAAAUACCUAACAAGCAGUACUGCUGCAGUUUACUUGGAGUACGUUCAACGAAACUUACCUGAAGGGGUUGCCAUGGAAGUAAAAAAGACUAAGAUAGAGAAAAUACCUGAACACAUUCAGGAACCAGUUUGGGACGCACUACCUCAAGUAGAAGAAACUGAAGUCAAGUCAUGAACUCACCAGUAGGUCAUCUUACCACCUCCAAUUAGCUUCAAAGGUUGAUCGUGUUAACCCUUAGAAGAUAAUAGCAUCAUUCAUUCACCAAAAAAGUCAUACCACACCCUGGAAGUCCUACAAGUGAACUGGCCUGCUGUGAUGGCCAACUCCACAGGUACUCGUGUUCUUAUGCAGAGAACUUUCAAUUCCAUUAAGUAGCCUGUAAGUAGAAAUUUUUGUGCUAAAAAUUUAAUUUUAUAUUUUAAAUCAGCAGGUAUUUUGUCAUGGAUCUUCUUUUUUAUUUUCAUUGGUAUUUAUUUUCUUGCUGUUCUCUACAUUUAUGCAAAUAGCACACCAAGGCAACAUCAAGGUACUUGCCUAUGCGUUGGUGCCAGAUGUUGCCAGGAAAGGAGUGAUAUAUAGAAAGAGGCAACAGAAGAUUAAGCAAGGGUAGACUGAGAUGAAGGAAGAAAUGAACUCUUCUGUUACCCUUCACAUUGUUUCAAGCCAGUAUCUUAAGAGUUAUGCAUCUUUCCUGUAUGCCACAAAACAGCUUAUAGUGAAUAAAUCAGCAUCCAACUUCA